GCUCUCCCCCCAAAACUACUCACUGAAUUAGGCCAUCUAUCCAUUGAAACUCUCUUCCUUCAAUGGUUACUUGUAGAAAAAUCUUCAUAUGCCGCUGUCAAAACAUCAAACCAUGUUAUAUCAUUCAUACAUUACAAAACAAGUGCCUGAUUGCCACGGAAAUUUGCAAUGAAUUGUUAAUUUUUUGCAAUUCUGUAGCAAAAUUCACGACAAUUGUGCCACUGGCUCUGCUGUUGGAAAUUUUCCAUAGCAAACAGCCUGUUCUAUACUAUGUACAAUAAAACUUGAGUAAUUAUUUGAUUUGAAUCCAUUUUGUUAAAAUUCUUGACAUGUAUGCGAGUGACCCACAAAGUAACUUUUCUCAAAGGCCAAGGGUGAUGGUAAGAUUUGUCACCAAAGGAUCCCUUGGCCUUCACUUCUGUAAGAAAAAGUGUGACUCACUUACCCUCUUUCUCAAAGGGAAGAUGGCCUUAAUUAGCCCUACACCCCCUUUUGUCUUUUGUCACUCUCAAGUUCAACUACCAACCAAUAAAUAUGGCUGGACCAACAAGUCCAAAAUGACACUAAGACUUCGCCAUUUCUUGCCAUUCUCCCUCUUCUACCCAUACACCAUUUGUUUUCAAACAUCAGAGGCAAGAGUUUCUUGUCUCAAACCAAGCCAUGGACUGGUUUUCUUGGCUAUCAAAAACGAACCUUGAUCCCUCUCUUGUCUAUGACUAUGCCCUUACUUUCACAUACAAUGAGCUCCGAGACGACGAUAUCGCUUAUUUCAGCCAUGACUUUCUCCAAAGCAUGGGAGUCUCGAUAGCGAAACAUCGGCUAGAGAUUCUCAAGCUGGCGAGAAAAGAGAAAAGCACAAGUAUAAAACCAGUUUUAUGGUUCGUAUUUGCUAUCAAGAAAACCAAGAAUUGUCUUGCUAAGCACAUUCAUGCUUUGGUUCACCGGGAGAACUCAACUCUUUCUGUCGUCCCCACGAGAAAUCAUAGUUUGAGAUGGAAGGUGGCCAUGUUACAGAGGAACAAGAGGUUGAGGGUCAUCCCACCUAAGCCAGCUUGGCCGAUGCUAAGAAAUGAUAAUCCUAUAUUUGUGUCUGCUAAUAGAAGUUUGAUGCUGACAAACGGGAGUCCCGUGGGAGGUUCCCAGAGCUCGGGCUCAACUAAGAGCUCAAGUUGGAUAGAGUCAGAGGCCAAUGCUGAGUCCGGCCAUAUCACUCAGGAUGCCCCGGCCAACGCUUGGAAUAGCUGUUUCUCGAGCACCGUGGUUCAUUCCCUAGAGGGCACAGACGCACAAGAAAGAAAGGAUGCAGAAUAAGAAUAUUAGAGAGACAGAUCCGUGCCAAAUCAACAAGAUUGAACCUGAAAUUUUUACUACGUCGUUCAAAAGUGUAUGACACUUUUAGCAGUCGAAUGAACCUUGAAUAAACAUACUACAUCCACUACUGAAACUCCCUUCAGGAGUUUAUUAAAGCAUUUAAAUUUGCUCUCUUCGAAAUACAGACACAAUACGCAUUACCGUUCAAGCUUUCUCCACAUCUGAGGAAGAACCCCUCUGA